AUGGCCGGCGCCGGUGGAACCAAGAAUUCGACGGUGGCGAAGUCAUCUUCCUCAGCCGCUGCCAAACGUAACAACAACAAUCUAAAACUUCAGCAACAACAAUUGCAACAAACACCCUCAACUCGCCGCCAGAACCUUCUUCAAUUGGUCGCAGCGGCAGCGUCCGCCACCGCCGCCGCUCACUCCUUCCUCGCCAACCACGACCUCGCUCUCCACCCUGCCCAAACCCUAACCCUCGAAUCCAACAUUUCCGCUGUGUCUCUCUCCAUCUCUAACCUACUUUCCCUCAUUCACCAUCCGAUCGCCUUCGCAGUCCCCCGCCCCCCUCCUCCUCCACCCUCAUGGUUUUACCGCUUUAUGUCUUCACAAAAUGAUAACGACCAGUUAUUCAUCGAAUCAUUUCGAAUGUCUAAACAAUCGUUUUCUUACUUACUCGCACUCCUAACCCCUUCCCUAUCAUCCCUCACAAUUCCUCCCAAUUACGCCGUUUCCGCUACUCUCUUCCGCCUCGCGCACGCUGCUUCUUUCAAUGCGGUUGCAAGACGCUUCGAUCUCGAUUCUCCGACCGCCUGCCGGGUUUUCUUUGUGGUAUGUAAAGCAAUAAUCGAUAAUCUAGGUCAUUUCUUUGAGUUAAGGACUGAUUUGAACAGAAUCGUACUUGGUUUUGGAUGGAUUUCACUUCCCAAUUGUUGUGGGGUUUUAGGAAUCGAUAGUUUUGCUGUUAAAGGAAACCUAUUCGGUGAAAAUGGGUCUGUAAUGGUUCAAGCAUUGGUCGAUUCAGAAGGUAGAUUCUUAGACGUUUCAGCUGGUUGGCCUAGCACAAUGAAACCCGAAAUGGUUUUAAGACAAUCAGAGCUGUUCUCCUCCAUUGAAGAAUCAAGGGAAUUGUUAAUUGGUCCAUCUUAUGAACUCAACGAUGGCACUUCAAUCCCUCAAUACAUUUUAGGUGAAUCUUGUUUCCCUCUUUUGCCAUGGCUGAUCACCCCUUUUCGAAAAUCUGAUACUGAUGAUCAUGAAGAUGAAGACGAUGUUAAUGAUGGUUGUUUGAAUCUGAGUUCUUCAAAACAAGCUUUUAAUUCUGUACAUAAUCGAGGGAUGGAGUUGCUUGAUACUGCAUUUGGGAGGCUUAGAUCAAGAUUUAAGUCGGUGGGAAGAUUGUUGAUUUCUAAUAGAGCAGGAGAAGAAGCAAGAAAAUGGUGUUGCUGGCUACCUGGAAUUAUCAGAAAUGAAACUUUGAUCAUUGUGAAAGGUUCUGAAUUUUUGUAGAUACCUUCAAGGG